AUGACACAUGGUACCAUUGGCUCCAAUGGCUCUCCUCCUCUUCUGCAACCAUGGGAGACACACAACCCCGGGAAGAAUCCAGAGGGCUAUUGGCCCCCGACGGAACCCAGCAACAAGACCACGGAGGAAAGGACGCCAGACCAGACGACCCAUGGUGACCCCGUGGACACCACACCACUGCCUACCCCUGAAGGAAGGGGCACGACCCCAAUGGACUCUGAGAACAGCCAAACCUGGUCGGGGGGGGAGCUAGGAUGGGGACCUGGGAUUCAGACCCCCCUCAUCUACCCUGAACCCUCCUCACCUCUUCCCAUCUGGCCCUGA